GCUGUACUAUUAUUAAAUAAUAUAUAAUAAUAUAUUAUACGUAUUCGCGUAACGGUGUACACGAAAAAUAAUAUUCCUACAUACAGUGUAUAAAAUUCAUACGAGCCUUCGUUUUGUUGUCGUCGUCAUCGUCAUCACUAUACCACAACUUAUAGUCGCCCUCAAUAGAUACACGCGUUUGUUUAGAUCACUGCACGUGUUGACUAUUGGAAACCAAUCUGAAAACCACACGCUAUAAAUAUUUUUACAAUUGUAUAUUGUCCAUCUGAGUAAUCUUCUCGUCUCGUUCGCAACGCAACGACCGAGACUUGGCCUGAGUAGCCGCUGUCAUCAGACGUUCGUUAAUUAUAUCGUAUAAUCAGCUCGUGGAGCGCCAGGCGAGAACGCUGCAGCGGCUCAACCAUGUACGCGGUAAUACAGCUAGAUUCGGAAAACCACAGGCUCCGGCCCAAGCGGGUCAAAAUGGAGUUUGUGUGCAAAUACUGCAACCGGACGUUCAACAAACACUAUUCACUACUUAUACACGAACGCAAUCAUCUGCCAACGGUCAACUACCGGUGCGAGAUGUGCUACAAAUCGUUCAAACGGCAGGACAGCCUGCAACAACACAGAUGUGGCCACUCAAGGUGAACUACGGAUUCUUCAAGACAACCCUUAUUUAUAAAACCUACCUAUCUAAAAAUAAAAACAAAAUCUAUUAUAGGCCAUCUUUCUUACUGUACAUUGUAAGCCAUACUAUUUUAUUCUUCUCUAUUUUAAUAGUUUCAAAUGUAAAAAAAAAAAUAAAACAAAAGAAUUCGGUUCAUAAUUUACCUAUUCACGUUAUUAAUAUAAUAAUACGGCAUGGUCGCUUGUUUUACUAAUACCGGUUUGAGGUCACAUCUCACAUAGACUUAUCUCUAUCUUAUACUUAUGAAUGAUCUCUCUAAAAAAUCAAUUCUCAUUUAUCUAAAUAUGAUCUAAUUGUGUGCACUAUAUGCCACAUAUAAUUAUCAAAUGUUAUUCUUCAAUGUUUUUUAAUUUUUUUAUUUAAUUUUAAUUUUUCUCUCGGACUUCUUUUGUUUAUGGUUUUUAUUUUUCCAAUACAGAUCAACUCAUAGUCCAAAUUACAGAGCUGGGUACGCAUUGCAGCUUUGAAAAAAUGUGAUAUGCUAAAUUAUUGGCAAAUUGUUGUAAUGAAGUAAAUGUAGAUAGACAGACAUUAACUAGGUAGUUGUUAAGUUGUAGUACUAAUAAGAUUAUAAUUUUGAGCAGACUGGUCAAUUUUUUUAUUUUUGAAUUAAAAAAUAUGUAGUUUUGAAAAAA